UUUGACAUGGCUGUCCUUUCCCUCCUCGUAAAGGCCUGCAGCCUUGGACUUGUUGCCUUGGUAGCACACUUUGUCCUCGCCUAUUUGCGCUCUUCUUUGAAGAAACUUCCGGGUCCCUUUGCCGCCAAAUUCACCAACUUGUGGCGGCUCAGAGUUCACUACAAGCAGACACACAUUGAGACGACCCAGGCCCUCCACAAGAAGUAUGGAGAUGUAGUACAGCUAGGUCCUAAUGUGGUCAGUCUGGCAGAUCCACGUCUGGUCAAAAUUGUUUACUCUACACGAGGUACCUACCGCAAGAGUGACUUCUACACAAUCAAUGAUGCUAUGCAACCAGAUGGGAGCAUCGUAUCCAACCUCUUUGCUACUCGCGACAAUGAAUUCCACGCCCAAAAGCUUCGUCCUGUGCAAAAGCUAUAUUCUCUCCAGAAUGCUAGAGAGUUUCAACCCAUGAUGGAUGCCAGCCUUGAAUCAUUAUGUCACCAGCUCGAAGAGCGCUUCGUGGAAGGUGCCAAUACAGGAAAGACUUGUGAUAUCGCCGAUUGGAUCUCUUACUUCACGUGGGACUUCCUCGGUGACAUGACGCUAGGCAAGAGUUUUGGCUUCAUGGAAGCCGGCGAUGAUAUUGGUAGCAUGAUCGCCAACGCCGAGAAGCCCAUGCGAUACUUCUCCGUGGUCGGUCAAAUUCCCGUACUUGACAAGUGGCUCGCCAAAAACCCUCGAAUCCCCCUCAAAUUUCCCGACUUCUCUGUUGUGGCUGGCUUCUGCGUCAAUCAAUUCCAGGAGCGCAUGAAAACCCUCGACGCAGCCAAGGAUAGGAAAGAUUACAUGAGCGCUUUCCUCAAGAUUCAACAGGAAGACCCCAAUGUGACCAUCCCAGAUGUCAUUGGAUACUUGAUCAUCAACAUUCUAGGAGGCGCAGACACAACCUCCAUUAUCCUGAAAUCAAUCUUCUACUACCUACUCACCCACCCCACUGCCCACUCUACCUUAGUCACAGAACUCCACUCCGCAAACCUAACCUACCCCCCUUCCUACGACACCCUGGAAUCCCUCCCCUACCUCUCAGCCUGCAUCCAAGAAGCCCUCCGCAUCCACCCCGUCGUCGGGCAAAUCCUCGAACGCGUCGUGCCUUCCUCCGGCCUCACAGUCCCAUAUCCAACCGCGGACUCCAAAACAAGCAUCACGCUGCUUCCCGGCACGAUCGUAGGUAUGAACCCGUGGGUCGUCCACAGACGCGAGGAAGUAUAUGGGGAGAAUCCAGAUGAGUAUAUCCCUGAGCGAUGGCUGCAGGGGAAGGGGGAGGCGGAUACGGAGUAUGCGGCGAGGAUCCGGGCAAUGAAAGAUGCGGAUCUGAGUUUUGGUGGGGGGAAUCGGGUUUGUUUGGGACGGCCGUUGGCGCUUGUCGAGUUGUUCAAGACUACUGCGAUGGUGUUUGGGAAAUACAAGAUGGAGCUCGAGAACCCGGAUGAAGAGUGGGUGCUGCACAAACAGUGGUUUGUCUGGCCUCACCGUGUUAGAGUCAAGAUGAGCGCUUACUAAGAUAACUCUUUGUGUGUGUCUAUUGUGCUCCAGCAACUCGGAUUUAUGUUACAUCUUCAAGUACUUCUUGUUUUCACCAGGGGAGAAAAGGCAACAGAUUCAAGCAGUGGAUCAAGCGCACGUAUAUUAUGUUGAUUUGGUUGGUCUUUCUGUUCUAGUCAUUCGAGCCUUGCCGUAAGUAAGGAAUAUAUAUAUCAACCAAUCGAACUUUUUUUUAGUUUGUUAUCUCCUGUGGCUUUAUGUGAUGAGUGUGGUCUAUCCGCAACGCCCUCAAGAUUUUCUCUGACUCACGCAACGACUAUACAGUCAAGUAUUCUUCGUCACUUCAGUGUGAGGACUCGAACGUCCGUUAGCAAAUAUUGUGUUUC